AUGGAUCCGGCACACAUUUUUAGGCAAGGACUUGGGUCUGUGCCUACCCGCCCAAAUCAACCAUACACAGCUCGUCAUCAGAAACCACCAAGGUCCAAUGACGAUCUUUCCGAUGGUGAUGGCUCAGGCCACCGCGUGGCGCAUACAUUGACGGCCUGCUGUCGCUGUCGUCAGCGGAAAACCCGCUGCGAUCCGUCCUUGCCGCGAUGUUUGCCAUGUGAGCGAUCCGGCUCAAAGUGCGAAUACUUGGACACUGCCAAAGGCAAGAAGAUCGACCGACACUAUGUCGUCAAGCUCCAGGACAAGGUCAGGGCGCUCGAGGCCGAGUUGGCCCAUUACACGGAUGAUGAGAAUGACUAUCCCAGAACUACCGAGGACAUUGUUCGGCCCGGAGGCAUGAUCCGUCUGCAAACAAGUGACGAAACGUCUAGGUACUUGGGGCCCAGCAGUGGCAUUGCUAUGACGAGGCUGUUAAUGGAGGAAGCCAAGAGAUACACAGCAUCCAACCGCAUAUCUGACCUGAUACCGGGGGUGCGGGCUAGAAGUCAGGCCCGGAUGCAAUCUAUACAAAUGACCGGGCCGCCACAUGGCAGAAAGAAAAGCUACCCGAUGCUCAGUGAUCGCCCUGCCGACGAUCUACCGUCUCGCGCAAUCAUGGACAAGCUUGUCGAGCUAUUCAUUCAGAAGUCACUAGUCUUUUGGCCUGUCCUACACGAGAAAAACCUUGAGAAGGACAUGGAAGCGGUGUACAACGGCGAUGAGGACCCAUACAAGAACUUUGUGCUUCGAAUGGUUAUUGCCAUUGCCCUGCAAAAAUUCGACUCGCAAUACGCCGGGUUAGCGGACAGCUACUACUUGGCAGCCAUGCAGUAUGCUGAAGCCGUGAUACGUCCCAAGGACCUGAAGACGUUGCAGUGCUUGGUCUUGGUCGGCCAUUACUCGCUUCUCACCCCCACGAGGACACCAGUGUACUACGUUAUUGGCCUCGCGACUCGCAUCUGUCAACAAGAGGGCUUGACGGACGAGCAGACGAUCACGACGGGUUACAACCUGGAUGAGCAGACCAUUGAUAUGCGGCGACGCCUGGCGUGGAUUGUGGCAGUCAUGGACUUUGGGUUGUCGUAUCACAUGGGGAGACCCAGCGGGUUCGCAACAGGAAACGAUAAGAUACAUGUGGCCAUCUUUUCUACUGCCGAUGACGAGCACAUCACGGCAAACGGAAUCAGUGCUGGCCCUACCAGUCCCCGCAAGGCGUUUGCUGCUCACUUCUACGAAUGCCGAGAACUGCAAGCCGAAGUUCGAAGAACCCUGUACGAACAAAAGCGAGCCGAGCCAACCAACGACUCGCAUCCUUGGUACAACAGCAUAGAGAAGAAGAUGAAGUCUUGGCUGGACGCCGCGCCCAAGGACUUCCAAUGGGGCCCUCCCUGGUGUGCCACCUUUUAUCACCACACACUUGUGGUUCUGUACCGACCCUCGCCGCAGGUGCCCCAGCCCUCUGCACGGGCAGCUACGGUUUGUUUUGAGAGCUCCGCCUCUGUAGUUAACCUGGCGGAGAAGCAAAUAAGCAGCGGGCUCUUCAGCGUCACUUGGCUUCUGCUACUCAUGCUCACCUCAUGUCUGAAUGCCCUCUUAUGGGCAACGUCGUACCCGGAAGUUCGGCAGGCCCAUUCCCGACAGGAAGUGCAGGAUCUUGUGGCCAGAGCAUUGGCAUGUCUCGAAAAGUGUGCAGAGCGAUGGCCGGGCACUCGCUACACGGCUCAACUGUACAGCAUCAUCGCCAACGCCUGCUUGCAAAGCUACGACCGGGCUCCUGACAGUCACCACCCAGGCCUCUCCUUCCCCAGUCCAUCGUCGGUCGCCGAGCCGCGGUCGUCGCCUGAUGGCUACGUACAGACCGGGGCUCCUCAGCAGCUCCAGUACUUGAAUCCUCCCCAAUUUGGUUUCGUUUUUGAUUCACCGCCCGAGUCUAUGAACGCAUACACGUUUGAUCCGAACUACCCGCCGCCCCAGCCGACUUUUAGAUCCAACUCGAUCUUCUGCAAUCCUGCUACUGACGCAAACGGGAGGCGGUUCUCGUACUUCCCGCCCGAGGGCUCGCCGGAGGAUCAACUCACCCAAGCUGCUGUAGGUCAUGACCAGACGACUCCGCCUUGCACGGACCACUCGAAGCAGAUGCCGACCCCGCCCGAUUCGAUUCCAAACACGACCCUGUCACCGCAAAACUUGUCGUUGCAAUCGUCAGCUCCGUCUGACGCUGCAUCUGCACCUCGUGUUGUGCCGAUGCAAGACCACACAUCACCUCCCCAAAGCGGACAGCCAACUCACGCAACGUCCAACUUCACCACGGCAAGGCCACCAGUUCCCCAGCGGCCGUUGCCGGUGACCAACUCUUCUGCCGACUGGGUCUGCCCCGAGGCUCCCUUUGUUUCGCCCUACAACUUUGGACCCAUGAGCAGCAACUUCUUCAACGACGCAAUGCCUAACAAUUUUGCCGAGAUACCAACUGGUAACCUGGGCGGGCUGCAGCACAUUGCCACGGGGUUUGAUGCCCCCGGCCAUUACGGCUUCAUGCCUGGGAGGCAGGGCAGCCUUACUCACUCGCAACAGUUGGAGCUGAUGAACGCGUUGGAGACGGAGGGCAUCGGAGACAUUGAUGCUUUUCUGAAUGCCGGGAACAACGUGGCGGAUGUCAGAUGGUGUUAG